AAUGCUUGAUACAAACAGUAACCAAACGAUCAUACUCUACUAAAAAUUCUAAGCCUACUCAAUUACCCUAAAUUCUUCAGGUCUAAAUUAAUGACGUAAUUAGUCAUUGACAACUUUGAUCGAAUAAUGCAUCUAACAGGUGCACUGUGACAUUCGUAAUCAAUUCAUCAACUCAACGGAUUGACGCACAUUCGGAUCUCAACAAAUUAGACUUUUCAUGCAUUCCCAACAAAACAAACAAAUAUCUAAUGCAGUAGAGCGCCAAUCCCAGGAAAUUUCCAUCCAUAUUGCGUCAAGCACCCCCCUUUGGGAGUACAAUGCUCCCAUUAAGACAAUCGUCAUUCUUCAUUAUAUAAAAGCUACGCUGCCACCCUCAUUCAACCCUCAGUCAGUGCAUCCACCAAUCAUGAAGCUUCUCCUCGUUUUCGUUGGGACUCUGUGUCUGGUGGGCGGAAUGGACCUUGAAGAGCUUAUGGACACCGUGAACAACGCCGUCGGCAUCUCCAAAACGAAACUGACAACGGCAAUUCAGCAGCUAAACAACACGAUCGAAACUGCUGAUCAGACCUACCAAACAGCAUGGAGUCAAUACUACCAGUCUAUUGUAGAUCUUUACACGUCGUACUACAACCGCUUCCAGAACCAUUCCAGCAUCGAUCUAAGCCCCCUCAGUGGGGCCAUCGACUAUUUGAAUAGAUACGCGUACCCACCUUCGAAUAUAUCAUCCCAUUUUGUCAGUGACAUUGUGGCAGACCUCGAGAAAAGUGCCACCAAUAUCGGAGGGUACCUAUCCUUGGCGGUUUCCAUUAUGACCCACGAUCUGUUCCCCUGUGCCAACCCAACCGUAGUCCACUGUAUCAAGAAAUUCGGACCAAAACUGAUAACUGCUCCGAUCACGAUUGACCGUCUGGCCGAGUGUGUCACCACGGAAUUACCCCGACUCAGUACCCUCAGCGUUAGAAGAGCUUCGCAAUACGACAUCGUACUCGACAGUGUCAAAAAGCAUCUCAAGGUGGUGGACGUUUGCGACAAGCCGGCAGCGGGGGUUCUGACGCCAUCUACGGAAUGUCUUUCGCACUAUAUCAAGACGAUCAGUAACAACCCGAGGAACGACAACCCGCUCGAUAGCACGCAUAUUGCAGAUCCGAUGCGCAUCGCUCAAUACAGGAUUCAGCGCUGCGCUAAGCUGGUUCAGCUAGACGUUAAGGAUCGCAUUGAGAAGAUGUUGGAAGACUUCCAAGGUUGUAUGGCAUAAAGAAACGGAAGACGGGAGAAUAUAACAUUUGCAAAAAAUAUGUUGUGCAUUUUAAAAACUAUCCAAUAAUUGAGCGGUUCCACGCCGUUUC